UUUUCAUCAUGCUUAUGAGAAUUUUGUUUUGCGUCGUUUCAUUGGUCGCUGUAACUGAGGCCACAAAAUGUUACUUAUGCGAUGACGAUAGUAGGUAUGGCAACUGCAAAGGUAUAGGUUGGCGAAUCUUGAAUAAAUGCCCUUCUGGCUGUGUCACGUAUGAGGCUAAAAUUCAAAACAAAUAUAAGAACUCAUUGGCCGAAGAAUAUUUUGGAAGGUACAGAAGAGGUUGCAAUAAUCAAAAAGGAUGUGACAAAAUUAAAAAAGAUUUAUAUGAUGCUUGGGAUGACAGGGUUGAAGUAUUCCAUUGUGAGGAGUGUAAUGAGGACUAUUGCAAUAAUAGAGCUAAUCAUCCAGGAAUUACUCUCAGCGGUCCUUGGCUGCCUGAUUAUGAAUAAUACUUUUUAAUUCAAAUUUGAAAUUAUUUUGUUCGAAAACCAGGAAUGUUCCAAACUGCAUAAUAGGCUCCUUGCAUCAAAUUUUUUUAUUGCUGAUUUCGAUAGUCCAUGAAAAAUAAAUCAACACGUAUUUUUUCUUUUUCUUCUUAGUCAAAAAUUGACGGAGAUACAACACUAUGAAAUCUGCCUAUGACGUCACUUAUCUAAUAAAUUAGUGACGUUGCACAUGCUCAGUAUAUCUAUAUAUACAAAACUUAAUAUUUGAAUAACUUCCGGAAUAAUCAUAUUUGGGCGAAAUAAAAAAAAAAUAACGAUUUUUUUUUUCGAUUUCCCACAGUUUGUAUAAACAAUAAUCAAUUUUAUUUUCCAUGCAAGUACCCUAUUGUGCAUAUUGAUGCACACUUUUAAUUUAUAUAUGCACAGUAUGCACCCCAAUCUCUAGAUAUGCACAAUUUGAUUUCUAGAAUAAAUACGUCACAAUUUUCCAGUCAAUAAAUGCAACACAAAAUAUUCUGAA